CUCCACCGCCGCCACCGCCAGCUGCACGCGCCGGCUCGCAGCCACCGCCGAAGCAGGGACGCGGGCAGCUAUGGCCGAAGCGGCGCCUGCCCCGGUGCCAGACCGGAACCAGCCAACAGGGGGUGAGGGCCCCUCACUUCCAUCCCUACCAGCCCCAUUGACCCCUGAGAAGAGCUCCUACCUCUAUUCUACCGAGAUCACCCUCUGGACCGUGGUGGCUGCUAUCCAGGCUCUGGAGAAGAAAGUAGACGGCUGCCUGGCCCGGCUGCAGAGCCUGGAGGGGCGAGGCAGUGCCGAGAAGAAACUGGCCAGUUGCGAGAAGACAGCGGCUGAGUUUGGGAACCAGCUGGAGGGCAAGUGGGCCAUGCUGGGAACACUGCUGCAGGAAUAUGGGCUGCUGCAGCGGCGCCUGGAAAACAUGGAGAACCUGCUGAAAAACAGAAACUUCUGGAUCCUGCGGCUGCCCCCCUGCAGCAAGGGGGAGACCCCUAAGGUGCCCAUGACCUUUGAUGAUGUGGCCGUGUACUUCUCUGAGCAGGAGUGGGGCAAACUGGACACUUGGCAGAAGGAGCUGUACAAGCACGUGAUGCGGGGCAACUACGAGACAUUGGUGUCCCUGGAUUACGCCAUCUCCAAGCCUGACAUCCUCGCCCGCAUAGAGAGGGGAGAGGAACCUUGUGCCCAAGGCCCAUUGGGCCCUGAGAAGGGAAGUGAGGAAGAUGCUGCGGGUCCCCAGCAUGAAGCAUGUCUCCCUUCGCCUCCAGAACCUGCCCCCAGUCCAAUUGACCCCACCCAGGAGCCCCCAGCAGGGGGAUCAACUCAGGAGCACUCAAAUACCAGUGCCCCGACUCUCAGACCAAACAUGGGUGAGCUGGUACCCUUGUGCUCCAUGAAGACAGAAAAGAACUCUACAGUGGAGGCGUUCUGCCAGCCUCUCGCACUGGUACCACAGAGCCAGAGGGCCCCCCAGGGUCCCAGGGCCUGUCAGGAGGCCCUAAGCAGCGGCACCUCCGAGGGAAGAAGGUGCGGCCCUGCAGGGAGGUGCCCCCGCAUCCAGCCCAGGCGCCGGCCGCAGGCAUUCGCCUGCCCUGACUGCGGCCAGAGCUUCCGGCUGAAGAUCAACCUUGUCAUCCACCAGCGUGCCCACGUGGAGGAGGCCCGAGGAGCCCAGGCCGGGCCCACUGCACUGGAGCCUGGAGAAGUAGCCGUGCCGGGCCCCAUCAUCCGCUGGCUCCCCGAGGGCCCCCGCACGGCAGCUCUCAACCAGGUGUACCACUGCAGCCAGUGCCAGCGCUUCUUCCAGCAGCGCAAGAGCCUGCUACUGCACCAGCGGACGCACACGGGCCCCGCGCAGACCAGCAAGGCCUGCCCCUUCUGCGGCAAGGCCUUUCGCAGGCGCUCCGACCUCUUCCGCCACCAGCGCAUCCACACGGGCGAGCGGCCCUACCAGUGCCCGCAGUGUGGCCGGGCCUUCAACCGCAGCCACCACCUGACCGUGCACCUGGAGACACAUGCGCGCGCCCACGGCGGCCUCCACUACCUGGACCACGACCAUUUGGACUAGGGCUGACGGAUGGGGG